AUGGAUUAUAUCGUGGGUGGACGAUAUCGUGCGUGGACGAUAUCGUGCGUGGACGAUAUCGUGGGUGGACGAUAUCGAGGGUGGAUACCAGGCAGUGUUGCCACGUUCCAGCCGUCACCCAGCAGUCCUGACUCACCUCCAGUAAGAAAAGGGUCAGAUCGGAGACGCUGUUGGCAACACAUUGAUGAGGAGGACACCCCUAUUCCUCAGCAUGAUUUGGAAUGCUUGAAAAAGAUGGGCAGUUUAGCAACUGAGAAGGGCAGUUUAGCAACUGACAAGGGCAGUUUAGCAACUGAGAAGGGCAGUUUAGCAACUGAGAAGGGCAGUUUGGCAACUGAGAAGGAGGGCAGUUUGACAAUUGAGAAGGGCAGUUUGGCAACUGAGAAGGGCAGUUUGACAACAGAGAAAGGCAGUUUGACAACAGCGAAAGGCAGUUUGACAAUUGAGAAGGGCAGUUUGACAACUGAGAAGGGCAGUUUGGCAACUGAGAAGGGCAGUUUGACAACAGAGAAGGGCAGUUUGACAACUGAGAAGGGCAGUUUGACAACUGAGAAGGGCAGUUUGACAACAGAGAAGGGCAGUUUGACAACAGAGAAAGGCAGUUUGACAACAGCGAAAGGCAGUUUGACAAUUGAGAAGGGCAGUUUGACAACUGAAAAGGGCAGUUUGGCAACUGAGAAGGGCAGUUUGACAACAGAGAAGGGCAGUUUGACAACAGAGAAGGGCAGUUUGACAACUGAGAAGGGCAGUUUGACAACUGAGAAGGGCAGUUUGACAACUGAGAAGGGCAGUUUGGCAACUGAGAAGGGCAAGAAGGGCAGUUUGACAACUGAGAAGGAGGGCAGUUUGACAAUUGAGAAGGGCAGUUUGGCAACUGAGAAGGGCAGUUUGACAACAGAGAAAGGCAGUUUGACAACAGCGAAAGGCAGUUUGACAAUUGAGAAGGGCAGUUUGACAACUGAGAAGGGCAGUUUGGCAACUGAGAAGGGCAGUUUGACAACAGAGAAGGGCAGUUUGACAACUGAGAAGGGCAGUUUGACAACUGAGAAGGGCAGUUUGACAACUGAGAAGGGCAGUUUGACAACAGAGAAAGGCAGUUUGACAACAGCGAAAGGCAGUUUGACAAUUGAGAAGGGCAGUUUGACAACUGAAAAGGGCAGUUUGGCAACUGAGAAGGGCAGUUUGACAACAGAGAAGGGCAGUUUGACAACAGAGAAGGGCAGUUUGACAACUGAGAAGGGCAGUUUGACAACUGAGAAGGGCAGUUUGACAACUGAGAAGGGCAGUUUGGCAACUGAGAAGGGCAGUUAG